GCUUUGAGAAGCGCCUCUUUCCUGCGGAUUUCUCCGGACAGUUGGGACGCUGCGCGGUCAGUCAACUUCCCAUCUUGGAAGCCUAGGCUUUAAAGAAUGGCUUCCUUUGGAUGGAAGAGGAAAAUUGGUGAGAAGGUCUCAAAGGUCACUUCCCAGCAGUUUGAAGCCGAAGCUGCCGAUGAGAAGGAUGCCAGCACGGAGAGUGAUGAAGGGAACUGGCUUCAUGCCAGUAAACGCCGGAAAGAAGUGCUCCUGGAAGGCUGUGCCCAGAAAAGCAGACAGCUGAAGGACGAGGGAGCCAGCCUGGCUGAAAACAAAAGAUACCGAGAGGCGAUUCAGAAGUGGGACGAAGCUCUGCAGUUAACCCCGAACGACGCUACGCUGCAUGAGAUGAAGUCGCAGGUCCUCAUGUCGCUUCAUGAAAUGUUCCCUGCAGUUCACGCAGCGGAAAUGGCUGUGCAGAGGAACCCGCGUUCCUGGGAGUCUUGGCAGACUUUGGGGCGUGCGCAGCUGGGAUUAGGGGAGAUAGUCUUGGCCAUUCGAAGUUUUCAAGUGGCCCUUCACAUCUACCCAAUGAACCCUGAAAUCUGGAAGGAAGACCUCUCUUGGGCAAGGACGCUCCACGAGCAGCAGAAGGCAGCCCAGAGGAUUAAAGAAAGUGCAGCACCAGCGGAAGCAACACACGUCUCACCAAAGUCAAUUCCUGACUAUGACUUUGAGAGCGAUGAGAUUGUUGCUGUUUGUGCAGCCAUUGCUGAAAAACAAAAGCCAGUGACAGCAAACAAAACCAUGGUUAUCGUGUCGGCUUCUGGGGCAGUGGAGACGGUAACCGAGCAGGAGGACAGCGCCGCUCCGCCCGAUGGCUCUGUGUUCAUCAAAGCCCGAUGAGGCUUAGCAGGACUUGUUCGAAUCUGCCUUUCUGGCUUAAAUCUGCCCACAGGCAUUUCCUCUGGAGAAACUGGGCAAAACUGCGGUUUGUAAAAUCAGUUUUUCACGUGAGGCAUAUAAAAACUAACGGGUAGAAUGACUAUAUAGUGUUUGGACUAUGCUUUGAUAAGUUAUGGUUUAAACUUAAUAAGACUAGAAUUCUGACUACAGUAGUUUUGAUUAAUAAACUUAAUCCAAAUAUAUAAGUGAAUGCAUUUUAAAGACACAACUUGGAAAUCAAUGCUUGACUGGUGACCAACUUGAUGGCCAGUGUUAUUAAAAUGUUGACUUGUUUUUUUAUAAAAGGAAGUCAGUGAUUUGUUUCCCUCCUAAAAAUAUACUGCUGUUACUAUUCAA